CUCAUCCAAAAUGGCCUCCAUCGCUGCUCGCUCCGCCUCCCAGUCCCUGCGCCGCUCUCUGGCAAAGGCUGCAGUUCGCCCUGCGACUCAGUCUGCAAAAUACUCUUUGCUCGCCCGCGCCGCCGUCAACAGGGCCUCUGCCGCAACACCAGCUGGCGUCUCUGCCGUGCAGGGAGCCCGUGGUGUCAAGACUCUUGACUUUGCCGGCACCAAGGAGACCGUCUACGAGCGAAGCGACUGGCCUCUUCCCAAACUCCAGGAAUACUUCAAGAAUGACACCCUCGCCAUGAUUGGCUACGGCUCCCAAGGCCACGGCCAAAGUCUCAACGCCCGCGACAACGGCUUGAACGUCAUCGUCGGUGUUCGUGAGGGUGGUGAGAGCUGGAAGCAAGCCAUUGGUGACGGAUGGGUGCCAGGAGAGACUCUCUUCCCCAUUGAGGAGGCCAUUAACCGGGGAACUAUCAUCAUGAACUUGCUCUCUGAUGCUGCUCAGUCCCAGACCUGGCCUGAGCUUGCCCCUCUUAUUACCAAGGGCAAGACCCUCUACUUCUCCCAUGGUUUCUCCGUCGUCUACAAGGAGGAUACCAAGGUUGUUCCCCCCAAGGACGUCGACGUUAUCCUCGUCGCCCCCAAGGGCUCUGGCCGCACCGUCCGAACUCUCUUCAAGGAGGGCCGUGGUAUUAACUCCUCCAUCGCUGUCUGGCAAGAUGUCACCGGCAAGGCCAAGGAGAAGGCCAUUGCCCUCGGUGUUGCCGUUGGCUCCGGCUACAUGUACGAGACCACCUUCGAGAAGGAGGUCUACUCUGACUUGUACGGUGAACGUGGUGUCCUCAUGGGUGCCAUCCAAGGUCUCUUCUUGGCUCAAUACCAGGUCCUCCGCAAGAAUGGCCACACCCCCUCAGAGGCUUUCAACGAGACCGUUGAGGAGGCCACUCAAUCCCUGUACCCCUUGAUUGGCCAGAAGGGUAUGGACUACAUGUACAACGCCUGCUCCACCACCGCACGCCGAGGUGCUCUCGACUGGGCCCCCAUCUUCGAGAAGGCCAACCUUCCUAUCUUCGAGCAGCUCUACGAGAGCGUGAGGAACGGCACUGAGACCCGCAAAUCCCUCGAAUUCAACGGUCGCUCAACGUACCGUGAAGAUCUCGCCAAGGAGCUUGCUGUCAUUGACAACCAAGAGAUCUGGCGUGCCGGCAAGGUCGUCCGCUCAUUGCGACCUGACUACAAGCCUGAGUCUGAGUAAACGCGCGGAUUGGGGAUUUGGGGGUUGAGCUGUAGUUGUAUUCGUUUCUUCUAGCAUUCCUUUCUCGCUUUUCUGUUGUAAUUCGCAAAAGUACCUACUGGUGCACAUAUUCACAUCACUAAUCGCAUGCGGGUUUCUAC